CCAUCAUCAGCUUCUACCUGAUCCUUCUGACAGCAGAGAUGCGUUCAAGCUCAAGCUUUGGUAAGAAAGUCAGAAAAUACAUUGCCCUCUUUUAAGGUAGGUGAUGGAGGAGGAAAAACCAUGGGUGUUGAUCUCACAGGUCGGGGGGGACUUUGGGUACCUGGAAGAGCUCGUAGACAUCCUGACACAACAUUUCCAAAUCGUCAGCCAUCAAGAGCUUCUCGACAACCCAGCUGUCCAUGGCCCAAGAAUUCAGGUCCUGUUUAUAUGGAAGUAUUUCCCUGCAGCCGAGCCUGCGCUGCUGAGAUUGCUUCCUUCGCUCAAAGUGGUCGCCAGUGGAGGAGCAGGCACCGACCACCUGGAUCUGACGUUCAUCAGCGGUCAAGGGGUGAAAGUGGCCAACACACCAGGUGUGGUCGGCGACGGCACGGCUGAUCUUGCAAUGGGUCUGCUUCUGGCUUCAGCUCGCAAGAUCCUCGAGGGUCAUCAUAUAGCUAUUGACCCAAAGACGGUCCAUAUGCCGCAAAGCCUGAUGGGAGUUGAAGUCACCGGGUCGACUCUGGGGAUUAUUGGAAUGGGAGAUGUAGGACACAAAAUCGCCCAAAGAAGCUGUGGAUUUCAAAUGAAGAUCCUGUAUCACAACAGGACCAGAAGGAGUGUAGAGGAUGAGCAGGCGGUUAAAGCCAGUUACUGUGAGCGGCUGGACGACCUGCUGAGGAGGUCGGACUUCGUCAUGAUAGUCGUAAGACUGACCUCGGCCACGGCAGGUCUGAUUGGCCGAAGAGAGCUGUCCCUCAUGAAGCCCACUGCAACACUGGUCAACAUCAGCAGAGGUGAAGUUGUGGACCAGGAUGCUUUAGUGGAAGCUCUCCGCUCGGGAACGAUUCGGGCUGCGGCUCUAGACGUGACUCAUCCAGAACCUUUGCCAAGGGAUCACCCACUCCUCCGCCUUCCCAAUGCGCUGAUCACCCCCCACAUCGGGAUUAAUACAAACAACACAGCCAGAAGGAUUGUGGAGAAGAUGGUGGAGAACGCCCUGGCUGCACUGAAAGGAUUACCUGUCCCCAAUGAAGUCAGGCCACAGUGAACAAGCUUGUUCAGCAGAAUCUGCUCAUUCUUUCUGUAGAACAUUGUCGGCCUCAUCAUAAAAUUAUAAUGUGAACAUCUAGCAGUGGAACAGAGUGAUGUCAAAAGUUUAUUUCGAGUGUAUUAGUCAGGUAAAAUCAAGGUUGUUAAUAAAGCACAUUGAAAAUAACCCUAUAGGAACAAAGUACAAGAAUAAAAUCAAAUAACAAAAAAAUUUGGGAUGUUAAAGUAAAAAUGACAGCCCUUGGUAUCAUUGUACCUAUAUUUAAAUUACACUAAAUAAUAAUUUUGACAUUUAAUAACUCGAGAUCGUACAUUUUUGUUCCUGAAGCCGUGUUUGAUUUAGAUCUUGCAGAAUGCUGUGUCCUAGAAAAACAAACCAAAACUUCUCUGCCUUUCUAAGAUCAUCUGUAAUAUCACAACCUCCAAAAAUAAAUAACUGAAUAUAUUUGCACCAUUUCAGACAUAUUAGCUGUGGCUGAGGGUAAAUCAUCUUAUCAUAGGAUUGUAGGUCGUCCUCCAACCAAAUGGUCGGUGGUUCAAUGCCAGUCUUCCCCAUCUGCAUGCCGAAGUGUCCUUGAUGCUGAACACCGAAUGGCCCCUCAUAGAAAAACUCCUGCCCAUAGAUGCAUGGAUGAAUAUGUGUGAAUGGGUGAAUGGCAAAACUGUGCUGUAAAGAGGUUUGAGUGGUGAUUAAGACUAGAAAAGCUCUAUAUACAUACAAACCAUCUUUAAAACACAAAACCAAGGUAUUACUUUGUAUAGUUAUAUAUUCACAGCUGACCUCUUGAGAUUAACACCCAUGGUAAAAAAAAAACAAUUUAAUAGCCACAGCAGCAGCUCAGAAACGGAAAGACGGGGUCCGAAAUCACAAUCCUGAGGACAAUCAAAAUUGUCCUCAGGAUUAUGGCGUACAACAACAACAACAACGUCAGCCGCUAGAAAACUCCUACAAUAACUAUAUAUUAUUCCAAUAAUAAUGUAAUAUAAAUACUUUUAGGUCAAAAACAGGUUGAAUCUUUUAAUUUAGAAAUAAACUUGUUUGUCUUUGUAAGUGCCGGGAUGCGCUGAUCUACUCUUAUUACAUGUUUUACGGUAACAGUUCACAGAUUUGUCAAUAAAACGAAACUAUGCCAUCGGCAAUGCUAGGGAUGUAUGAUGUAACAGGCUGAUUUGAAAUAGGUCUGUAAAACUGCUGGCAAAUGUGAAACUGUUUAUCUUUAUCCUCAAGGCUGUGAUGUGCCGCUUUCUCUCCGCUCGUCUCUCCACCAUUUUUCUUCCUGUCAAUGUAGUGAGAUCAAUACAUCAUGGUAAAGUUAGUGACUAAUGAUUGUACACACGUUUUCACAAAAGUAUUUGCGAUGCAGUAAGUCCACUAAAUGGGGCAAAAUAACAAUCAAACAGCAAAUUCACUAUAUGGUGAGUAGUGAAUGAUUUCAUAUCCACACAGAGAGAGUGAGAGAGAGAGAGACAAAGAGAGGGGUGGGGGCAGGGAACAUCAAAAGGUUCAGGGCAAAGAAAGUUUUAUUGAUGAAAUUAGAAUAAAUUUUGGGAUGGGAUGAAUUAACAUUAUUCCCCUCAUUCACCCUGAACACCUCCCAUGGAUGACUUGUGUGCAACAAAGAUCAUAAAAAUCUUAUUUAGAGUAUUUAGAGUCGACCCAGUAGAAAUAACUGAGCUGUUGUUCUUUAUUCCCUAAAAUUGUUUAUAUUUUCUAAACCACAUAUUUUCCCAAUGCCAUUACACUCAGCAGAUAAAACGUUAAAAUCA